AUGACUCCAACUACAACCCGCCAAUGGGUUCUGGCCAAGAAGUCCAGCGGCUGGCCCAUAAUCGAUGGGCCUGAAUCUAUAUUCCGACUGGUAGAAAAAUCACUCCCUCAACUGGACGACAAAAAAGAAGAGGUACUUCUCAAGGUUCUCUACCUAUCCAACGACCCGGCACAGCGACUCUGGAUCAACUCUGGCAUCAACGCACGGCGCUUGUAUACCACACCCGUGGAGGUCGGGGAGAUUAUGCGAUCAUACAGCUCUAUCGCCGAAGUGGUGCAGUCCAAGUGCGCGAAACUUCAGGUUGGAUCGCUGGUAAGUUGCUCGACUGGUUGGUGCGAAUAUGCGGUUGUGCCGGGCGCGGAGUGCAUGCCUAUCGAAGCAACUGGUGAUAUCUCGCCGACGCAUUUCUCGGGGGUAUUCGGUAUCGCCGGCGUGACUGCGUAUUAUGGACUGGUUGAUACGGUGCACGCAGGCCCUAAUGAUGCUGUUGUGAUUAGCGGAGCAGCUGGAGCAGUCGGCUCGGCUGCGGUGCAGAUCGCAAAGAAUGUGCUUGGAUGCAAGAAAGUGAUUGGCAUCGCGGGCACGGAUGAGAAAUGUCGGUGGGUAGAGACGCUCGGGGCCGAUGUGUGCUUGAACUACAAGAGGGAGACGUUCUGGGAUGAUCUACUCAGUGCCACCGAGCCCUUUGUGGAGGUCUUUUUCGAUAACACCGGCGGCGAGGUGUUGGAUUAUAUGCUGACGCGGAUGGAGAAGAAUGGUCGCGUGGCGGCCUGUGGUGCUAUAUCCGAAUAUAACACCAAGAAAGGCAGUCGGCCAGGGAUCAAGAAUUGGUACGAUGUAAUCGCCAUGCGCCUAACUGUGAAGGGAUUGGUUGUCUUAGAUCUCACGCCGGCGAGAUGGGGCGAAAUUGUGCAUGCGCUUCUUCAGGGAUACCAUGAAGGAAAGAUUCAGGCCAAUGAAGCAGGGCAGACCAUAGUGCCGGCCAGCUUUGAAGAUAUCCCAAAGAUAUGGAUGAAGCUGUUUGACGGUCAGGCUACUGGGAAACUGUUGACCAAGCUUGUACAUGGCUAG